UUGUGUCAGUGGCACAGUAAUGGUUAUUAAUUGUAAUAAUUAUUAAAUCGUUUUUUUUUUUCGUGGCAAAUAUUAUUUCCGUUAAAAUUGUUUAACUUUCAAUAAUCGUAUCACAUUACGUUUUAGCGUUAUUAUUAUUAUUAUUAGUUUUUUUUUUUUUUUUACUUAUUAUUGGCUACGAUAAAAUGUAAAUAAGACUGAGUUUUACAAAUAUAACAAACAUUUUAUAUUAUAAUGUACGUUGAAAUGAAUAAUAAAAUACUUCAAUCGUUUACAAUUGUAGCUGUAAUGUUUUUCAUUAUUUUUAUGCUUUUUAUGAAAUACAUUCCAUUAUACCGAUACGUUCACAGUGAUAAUUUUAAUAAUAUUUCAGUUUCGAACGGAAAUAUUAAAAAUAACACCGAUUCGUCUCCGCCAAUAAAAUCACCGAUUUUGUUUCUUAUGGUCAAUUUUUUUUACGCGUACGCCAUUAUAAUAAUUAUUAUUUGUUUUUACGGCUUGUACAAGUUUUCCGUAACGAACGAAAUGUUUUCAAUUGAAAAAUGUCCAAGACGAUCCUGUGGUAUCGAGAACGACGGAAUCGAUACUAAUGACAUCGUUUUGUUUCCUCAAGUCACAGAGGAAACUGAAUUGAUUCCUGAGAAUAUUCCAUUGCAAAUCUUACCAGAAGUACCAGAAUCUAAUGUUAUUGAUUACCAUUGUUCGUGGGUAGGCAAUUGGAACAAAUAUUAA